UACUUGAAACCUUAGAGAAGGAUGGCUGGUUACUUUUCAUUUAAAGCUAUUGUGUUUCUUACCGUCUUGUGCUACUCAACAGCAAGUGAACCCGAUAUAGAGCCGGUAUGUUCAAAAUUCAAAUAUGACAAACAAAUGUUGGAGAAAAUGGUCAGAAUGGAAGCUAAAAUGAAUCAGUGGGAUAAAGAAAAGGAAAACUUUGAAGAGAACAUGCUGUCUAUAAUGGAACAUCGGAAGCAGGAAAUGAAACGAGAGUUUGUGAAACAAAAUCAACAAAUUGGUCAAAUGCUUGAUGACUACAAGAAGAUCCGUGAAGAACUCAAAGACAAAACAGCUCAGCUUGAAAAGUUUGCUGGUAAUUUCACAAAAACACCGACAAUAGCAUUUAACGCAUAUUUAAUGCCAGGUCGAGUCUAUGGCGACGGUGAAACUGUCGUCUUCUCUGAAAUUUUACUUAACGAAGGUUAUGGAUAUGACAAAAGCACAGGAAUCUUUACAGCACCCCUGGCUGGUUUGUAUGAAUUCAGUGUCCACGUAUGUAAUGUCGAUGCAAAGUUUAUGACCGUAGCUAUCGUUUAUAUGGAUACUGAAGUUGCAGCGACAACAGAAUACGAAAGCAACAGUAGCAGCUGUAGCUCGGUAUUGGCUCCUGUGAAGAUGGCGAUUGGUGGCCGCGUGUAUGUAAAGAGUACAUAUCAUAAGAAUGCGAUGUUUUCUGAUUCCAGACAUAGAAGGCCAUCUUUCACGGGUGUUCUUCUGAAUAUCUAAACACAUAUUUUGAGCAAUAUUAUCAUUUUAAGUGUCGUAUGCUUGUUUCUAUAAUAAUAUUUAUCUCAUAUCUUAAAUUUUCAAUAAUAAUUCUGUUUUGGUAUGUUGAUUAAAAAAAUAUCACAAUAAUCACAAUAAAGUAAUAAUAACAUUAUUUUUCCGUUGUUUAAUAAUGUGUAUUGCAAUCAAAUAAUCAUAAAAAUGUAAUUGAUUUUUGAAACGUUUGUAUCAGAUUUUGAUUACUGUAACAUUUAAUUUAUGACAUUAUUAAUCGUAAUCAUCUAAGAGAUAGAAAUUAAAAUAUAGACGUUUAUAUCACGUUUACACUUCUACUUCUGCUAUGUAGACUAAGUAACAUACAAAAGGCAUUGACAAUCUAAACUGUAAAUAAAGAACUUUUCUGUAACGUUUUACAAUUUGUAUUUUUUUAUUUAACAUUCAUGCCAAAUGCACAGCCACACUAACCUGUCGUUUUUGAUAUCAGUUAAUUUCAAAUAAAUUUUAUGUCAAAUAAGUAUUUCAUUAUUAAACCGACGUAUUGGGUUGUUUUGAAAGUGACAUCAUUGACGUACACAACAUAUUAUACAAAACACAAAAACUACGAUUUUUUGAUGAUCUUUUCGGUGGUUACUUAGUUUCGCCAGAUGAUUAUUUAAUAAAAGAAUGAUUGAAUAUGUUGCUUGUGUUAAUUUGCUAAGUAUUCUUUUAUUGUGUUGUUCUUGGCUAAAUUGAUUUUAUGUCCUGCUGCAUGACCGCCGUAUGGACACAUCAACAGUGGUUUACACCGGCUUUGCCUUAUUGUCAUUUCUGAUGUGCAUGUCGACACAGAGACACAGGGCUGGCUAAAUCUGAAUCUGACCAUUUUUUUUUGUCACCGAUAUGCAAACAUGUAGGAUUUUGAUUAUAAAAAUAAGAUAGAA